UUGCCGGGGGGCGGUCGCAAUGGUGUGGCAGUGGCCACGAGACCAAAGAGAGACUCCCGAACCCUAACUUCAGACAGAGGAAACAUAAACGACAAAGAUACAAUGCACAUAUACCUCUAUAUACAUUCAGCCAAUACCAUGACGAACCAUUUUAUUUGGAGUGGUGGAGUGGUACCAGGCCAGAGAAAAGGCAAGAAAGCGAAAAAAGAAAAAGAAAGAAUCAAAGAGAUGAAAGAGCACAUACAGAGAGAGAGAGAGAGAGAGAGAGGUGGGAGGGGAAGUGACUCUUCUGUGCAAGGGGGAUUAAAAAGAGAGACAGACGGAUGACUCUGGCGCAGAAUGGAAAGGGAGAAAAAGAGAAAGAAAGAGGAAGAAAUACAGGAGAACAGUAUAUACCGCGCCCGCAUAAAACGGCCGUCCUCUCGUGGAGCACGUAACGCGUAGUAGGUGCUACAGGAUUGGUUGGUUUCUAUGUGUGGGGGCGGCCUGGCCAGCAACCCGUUGAAAAUAUAAGCGUGUGUGAGUGUCGGUUGAUUAGCCAGAGUCAGAACGGAUCGUCGCUUAGUGCGACAGUGUCCGGUUAGUUAGGCGGCUCUUGUUGUUUCGCGCGAUCAACUCACCCGGUUGUCGAUAUAUAGAAAAUUCAGCAAAAAUCCGUUCAGUCGCAAGAGAAACAAUAUACGUAAACAUUUGGAAAAUCAUUCGUCCUCUCUUUCUUUUGUUUUCUUCUUUUUUUAUUGCUGCUUUUAUUUUGAAAAUGUUUUCAAAUUAACAUUUGAGUAUAGUUCCUCCGGUUCUCGAAAGUACAAUUUGGUUCGACUGGUUCAAUCUGUUCGUGUGCCGACACGAUGCUUGGCUCUCGCUUCGUUAGCUUGUACUAAUCAAAAUUAAUCAUAACCCGGGCAACAAUUGAUCGCAAUUGGCUCGGAUUCCAUUACGGAGGACGCGCGAACGCCGCGACCGCCAUCCUGCGCACCGCGCACGCCUUUUUGCAUAAUUGGCCAACCGGAGGUCUUCACGAAGAACCCGAGGAAUCGGCGAUAAUAAAGGGAGCAGGAAGUGAAUGGGACACAGUUGUCUAGGAUAUUUUAAACCCUGACUGGAUCAUCGAUCGACGAAUUUUCAUUUGUUACUACUGAGAAGAGAAGAUAAAGAACAAAGUUGAAGAAACAUCGAGGAAGAGGAAACUCUCAUAUACUUCGUAUCGAAAAUCCAAGCGAGGAAUUCAAUAUUUAUUUACUAAUAGAAGGGAAUGGUUCCUGUCGAGUUGCUCUAAUUUUAGUCUUGAAGAAGAAAGAUAAUUGAAGUCAAAAAACUGUUGAAGAAAAAGUGUAUAUAAUUAAGAGGAAAGGAAAUUGUAUUCAGCGCGUGGUGAUUGAAGAACAGAAAGCACAGUUGCAGUUUGUGAAACUAUUAAAGAAAAGGAGAUACGAAUUUAUAUUAAAGAUUGAAAGAAUUUGAUAUUUAUGAUAUUUCUAUUAAAAAGAAGAGAAGUUCCUACCUGAUUUUGAUAACGAAACCACGUGUUUUUAAAACAUCAAGAGUUAUUAAAGAAAUACUGUGCCAAUAAUUGCAUUUCAAUUAUUACUUAAUACUAGAAAAAUAAUCUAACAUUGAUAUUCAUUGCUUGAAGAAUCGAAAGGAGAAAAUAAUUGAAAUUUUUCAAUCCUAAAAAAAUUUAUAAAAGAUGGACGGAGGUCCCUUCGAUGACCCGAUCUUCUCUGACUUCGGUGGUCGAGGAGGUUCCGGAGUCCACAGUAUUCAAGUGAUGCUUGGCCUUCAUGGUGGGCACCAUGGUGGCGAUUUAAUGCCCACUGGAGGUCAUCUUCACAAGUUGGACUCUUCCAACAGUCCACCGCCACAUCAUCAAACGUCUCACCAUCAUCUGCAACAACAACAACAACAACAACAACAGAAAGAGCUGAAGGAAUUGGAAUUAGCUGGAAUGUACGCACCACUUCCUCAGACGCAGGAUGUCACCACGUCGACGUCCACCGCUGCGACGCCGACCUCGACGACGUUGCAGCAGGGUCUGCAGCUUGGAAAUCCUUUGAAAAGGAAGCCAGAAGAUCCGAUGAACACCCUUGCUCCAGUCAGUAGUGAGGCUCAGCCAGCUAAGAAAGAUUCCAAGAAGAAGACCGACAACAAUGGAAUCAAGAAGAAGAAAACCAGAACGACAUUUACUGCUUAUCAAUUGGAAGAAUUGGAAAGAGCAUUUGAACGUGCACCGUAUCCUGAUGUCUUCGCACGAGAAGAGCUAGCUCUAAAACUCGCUUUGUCGGAGUCAAGGGUUCAAGUUUGGUUCCAGAAUCGGCGUGCAAAAUGGCGGAAGAGAGAACCUCCACGUAAAACCGCCGGAUACAUGGCUGCUGGUUCAGCAAGUCCCGGUUUAUCAGGAUCAUUUACCUCGCUGAAUAAUACCCUCAACCCCUUCGCCUCUCCAACAACAGCGACAGCACCGCCGGAUGCUUGGGCGUAUUCUCCAGCGUAUGAUCUGGCGCCACACCUGAAUUUACUUAGCCCAUCUAAUUCCCCUUAUUCCACCUCUUUCGGUGGACCGAGCAACAACGGGUCAGCAUACUCGUACGCGACAAUGCUUCCGCAACAUGAUGCCUCGUUAUUUUCUACACCAUCAGGGAACACGAUGCGCGUACACCAGGACUACAUGAACGCCAGUAACAGUCCACCACCUCCUCUAACUCGUAACGAUUAUCAGACUAUGGUGACCACGCAUUCGCCACCCACUCACCUAGCUAACUCCAUGUCAGAGGAAGAACAUCAGCAGAAUAAGCAAUUGGAUUAUGUCAGUGGUCUCAGUCCAGCGGAUAAGUAUCAGCACGAACAAUCUGAUUACACGCAGCAGCAACAACAACAGCAACAACAACAGGAUCAGAAACAAGAAUACGGAAUGCACUCACCACAAGGACGCCAAGGAAUGAAGGAACAGGUGAUGGUGAAGAGCGAGCCAACCAGCCAGCAGAGCUAUGUGCAGUUGCCUCCUUUUCUGAACUGACUCGAAACCUCCAGUCUAGAUUUACUCUAGAACAACUGGCGGUUCCAGUUUGGAGUAGAUUUUUCUUGCCAAAGGAAUUUCAGGGCUGAACAUAAAGUCUUGAUGAGUUGUGCUUAGGAAGAUUUAUUAGCAUUUGGAUUAAGUUAAGGAUAAUAAUGCAAGGUUUUGAGUUAAUUAGAGUUAUUAUAAUUUGUUAUUCUAAAGACAGAAAGAAGUUUGAGAAUGAAAGUCUUCAAUAGAGUCUUUUGAGAAAUCUUGAAAGUUUCUUUUAUUUAUGAAGUUUAUUCUGUUCUCAAUGUAAUUCUAUUUUGUAUUAUAUAGCUUUAAAAGAUUCAUGAAAUUCAUUGGAAUUACAUUUAUAAAAGAAAGUUUAACACUAAGAAUAUGAUAAUCGUUGAUUCUUCUUAGUAAGAAAGCAGCCCUGGAAGAAAUAUGUUUUUUUAUAAUAAACGUAUAUGUGUAAGAAAUAAAGUAUUUUAAGGGAAGCAAUUAAUUGAAUGAGAGCAUUCUAGUGCCUUAAAGGUGUAAGUUCGUAUGAGGUGUGAGUACUUUUGUAUUAUUUGUCCCUUGUUCGUAGUUAUUAAGAAGAACCGAAUGAAAAUGAACGCGUUGUGUUGUAUUUUAUUCAAAUACUCUGUAGUGUAUACGAAAUUAUGUACAUAUAUAUAGAGAGAGUAUAAAACAUCACCUGUACUUGUAAAGUCUUUUACAGAGAUAUUUCGUGUGUAUUUUGUACUCUGCCCAUCUUUUUAUGAUGUUUGUAAUUACUCGCAUUUAAAUACACUUAAAAAUGAAAA